UCUUGUGAAGCCCCACCCAGGGCAGACUGGAUGCGACCCUGAGCACAGACAGAUGCUCCUGCAGUCUCUCCCCACCUUCCUGGGCGAGGGUGCAGGGCUCCACCUCUGAUCGGCACUGCUCCCAGCCUGCCUUAGUUGCCUGGCAACAGUCCUGCGUCUCUUGCCGAGGACACACUAUGGCCAGUGGCGGCAAUCCAGCAGCCAAGAGGGUAGUGGUGUACCGGAAUGGGGACCCCUUCUCCCCAGGCCGCCAGCUGGUGGUGAGUCAACGCCGCUUUCCCACCCUGGAGACCUUCCUCUGCGAGGUGACAUCGGCUGUGCAGGCCCCAGUGGCUGUGCGGGCCCUCUAUACGCCUUGUCACGGCCACCCCGUCAUGGACCUGGCAGACCUGCAGAACGGAGGGCAGUAUGUGGCUGCUGGCUUGGAAAGAUUCCGGAAGCCGCACUCUUUACCCCCUGGACUGAACGCUCCAGGCAGAAAGAGCAGCAGACUAUCAGGUCCUCCUGUGACUCAACACCCAUGUGAUGGGGCCUGUGGACCACGGCCACCUCCAGGUUCCCCCUGCUAUAUCCACGUGUUCAGGAAUGGGGACCUGCUAAGUCCCCCAUUUAGCCUGAAGCUGUCCCAGGCUGCCAGCGAGGACUGGAAAACAGUGUUGAAGCUCCUGACCGAGAAGGCCAAACUACAGACCGGAGCUGUGUGCAAACUCUGCACCCUGGAAGGGCUCCCACUGUCAGCAAGAGAGGCUCUGGUGAACGGCCAUUACUAUGUGGCUGUGGGAGAGGAAGAGUUCCAGGCCCUCCCCUAUCUGGAGCUGCUGGUGCCCAGCCCCUCACUGCCCAGGGGCUGCUGGCACCCUCCGGACCCUAAGUCUAGGCCCCAGAAGCAGCGGGCCCACGGCUGUGGGGCACAGGCAACCCAGCCCUCUCCAAAGGAGCCGAGCCAAAUUGAGCCAUCUGCUUUUUAUGCCAGACGCCAGCAGGCCAUUCAGCCAAGAAGCAGGCUCCCCACUCUGUCAUUUCCAUCAGGAGUCCAGGGAGUAUACAGGGCUCCCCGCCCGCGGAAGGAGACAGCAGGGGCCCAGGAAGUGCCGGAUGAAGAAGCCGCCUGCGCGGAGGAGCGCCUGGGUCAGAAACUUCAGCUGAAGGCUGGAGGAGACAAGGGAUGCUGAUGCUCCAUUCUGCGCGGCCUCCCGUCCCCUCCAGAGGGCACCGCAGAGGGUGGCCGAGGCCGUGGGCCUGGGAAAGCAGCCUGGGACCCCGCAGCGGACUCAGCCGCAGGCCCGCCUUGGCCGUCUCUGGUGCCAGCAGCUCCAGCCGGGAACUGGGGCGGCCACUCUGCAGCCACCGCUCGUCCUUGCCUCCAGCAGCCCGUUCCAGGGGACCCAGCGCCCCACCUGGCCUCACAGGAUAGCCUGUAGCCCCCUCAGCCCUGCCCCACUCCUCCCAAACCCGCAUCCUAGUCGUACUCGCCUUCUGAGCAGUGCAGCCCUGGCCAGAGAGCCAGCCAGCCUGGGGGGAGAGGCUACAACUCGGGAGCAGGUCCGUCACAA